AUGCCUGGGGACCCCUUCACCGGGGUCCUGCGUCUCUCUUGUCUGUCCCUGCUCCACCACCUGCAUGAGACCUCGCCUGACCCGCCGAGUUACUGUAAAACUUCAACAAGAUCUGGUCCGACGUCUCAGUCGGUGGAAUCGGAGUCCAAAGGUCUGCGUGUCGGAGACAAAGGGACAGGCCAGCACGCCGGCUCCGACGGCGGCUGCAGACGUCCCUCCGGGGUGGCGAGGUGGAGCCGCCGCGGUCCCCCGGCCUGUUGUCUCGCGGGCUGCAGAAGCUCGCGCGGCUCGAGGCGGCCGUCGCGUAAUGACGUCUUCCCGUUCACAACGCGGAGGCUGCGCCGUGAAGUUUGUCCCUUUGGAGGCGCCGUCCCGGCCGGCGGCCCGCUCGCGUCAUGUGACCGAGGAGCGCUGAGGCCUGCGGCGGAGGGAGACGACGCGCGGCAGAGUCCUGCGCCGGAGGAACGGCGGCGGGAUGGAGGCGACCUUGGAGCAGCACCUCGAGGACACGUGAGUCCUGGGGUCGCGGCGGGAAUGAAGAAUCCAUCCAUUGUGGGAGUCCUGUGCACAGAUUCACAAGGACUCAAUCUGGGCUGCCGUGGGACCCUGUCAGAUGAGCAUGCUGGGGUGGUAUCUGUACUAGCCCAGCAAGCAGCUAAGCUGACCUCGGACCCCACUGAUAUUCCUGUGGUGUGUCUCGAAUCAGAUAAUGGGAACAUCAUGAUCCAGAAACACGAUGGCAUCACAGUGGCAGUGCACAAAAUGGCCUCUUGACGUCUCAGACCUGUUCCCCAGCAGCCUGUCAUAGGGACUCAGUUGUACCUUAUGUUAAUUAUCCUAUAGAACUAUUAGAGUUCGAGUAAUUAGGCCAUUCAUGUAAUGUGUGUUGGACACUUUCCUGUUAAUUUUAGAGUAAACUGCUUUUGACACCAUGGAUUGACAUAUCAAAAUACUAGUUAAGAAAAUAUCAUGUUUUGAAGCAGUUGGUUUAGGGCACUUUGUAUAUAGAAUUUUGUUAUGUUUAAUAAAUCUGGUUGGAGGAGAGCUUGGCUCUUUUCUGGAUUCUUUAAA